AUGGCUUCUAGGCAUCGUACAGGUAACGGGAUACCAGGCCAGGCGAGCACGGAAGCCGAUUGGGCGACGACUGAACGACCCGAUCCUCCUUUCGUUCGGUGGAUUAAGGAGCAUCACUCUGCCGCGUUAACCCGCUGCGACGCCGACGAAAACGACGAAAGCGACGCCGACGACGGAGACGACGACGACGUUAGCGACGACCUUGACGACGACUUGAGCGACGACGAUGGCGAAAGCGACGACGAUGGCGAGAGCGACGACGAUGGCGAAAGCGGCGCCGAAAACGACGGCGAGUCGGACGACUCGUACGAUAUCGACGAGUACCUCGGAGGGCGGUUCGGAAGGCCGUAUGACUCAACAGAAGACACGUUUCGAGACAGGGAAACGGAUCGAGACAAAGAAACGGGUCGAGACAGGGAAACGGAUCGAGACAGAGAAACGGAUCGAGACAGGGAAACGGAUGCAGAGGCCGAAACGGAUCGCGUGGAAGAACCGGGUCGCGUGGAGGAACCGAGUCGCGUGGAGCAACCGGGUCGCGUGGGAGAACCGGGUGGUCUCGAGGUCCCUUGGUACGAACUCCGGGGAUGCGAGAAUGAAGACGAGAUAAUGGAGGAGCUCGCGUCGCGAAGGAGCCUUUGGAGCGAUGCGGAGCUGAUGGAGCUCGCAGCGGCUGUCGUUUUCUGCCGGCGCAGCGCGGAGGUGACGCGGCGGAGUUACGGCAAGGGGCACGAUUACUGGCUACAGGUGUGGCGCUUGAUCCGGCGCGGGAACCCCGAAUGGCGGCGCGUUCCGACGGCGAUGGCGAAGCAGUGGGAGCGCAUGAACACGCGUUACGACCAGGAGAUGCGCGACCUGCGGCGGAAGCGGAAGCGGCGGAGGAAGCGGCAGGGAGGGGCUACUAACGCGGAUGAUGAGCUACCUAAUAACGAGUCAGGCGGGAACGCAGGGGCGCGGGCAAAAGUGAGGGGAAGGCCUAAGGGGAGCCGGAAGGAUAGGGGGACUAGGACAGAACCAGCAUGGUUUGAGUACAUUCGUUUGUUCAACGGGACUGAGCUUGAGGGGCAACCCUCUGACAACUACUUGCAAAGCCUUCGCAGCAAAGUCACUCAAGCUCCCAAAGUCACAGGUCUCGGUGCGUCUACACUUCCUGACUCGAUGCAAAGACAUGGUGGCCCGUCAGAUUCUGACUUAGUCCGAAACAACGGUGGAUAUGACAGCAGCAUGCUCCGCUCGAGUGAAUUUUCUGGGAAUGGGGUUACGUAUACUACAGGUGCUACAGCCCCCCUGCCUGGUAUGGCCCAUACAGACCCCCUGCCCGCUACAGCCCCCCUGCCCGCUACAGCCCACCUGCCUGCUACAGCUCCCCUUACUGAACCGGCAACAGCCCACAGACAAGGCACAGCAGCAGCAGCAGCAGCAGCAGCAGCAUCGAGUGAUUUGGCUUCUCGGGGGGGUUCACUGCAUGAAAGGGGUCGUAGAAGGGAGCCGCAAGAGCGGAACGAGAGAAAUGGAGAGGCCAAAUCAGCAAGGAGAGGAAUGGAGAGGUCUACACGACGUGGAAAGGACUCGAAUGCAGGGGCUUUGGGUGAGAGGGGGGGCGAGAAGUUGGGCGAGAGGUUGAGUGCAGCCAUGGGUGCUGCUGUGAGAAACGCGUGCGUUCAGUUUGAUGGGCUGACUCGGGAGUUGCUGCAGGAUGCUUACUCGCGAUUUGAGGAGCUAUCACAACGACUGGCAGAAGAUGCUUCUGCUCAGUUUGAGGAGAUUGCGAGAGAAUUAAUGGAGGAGACUGCAGCGGCUUGCCGAGAUGGCAAGAGGCGCAAGAGGAGGUGA